CGGGAGACUUGGGAUUUCAUGUUGGGUCGAAGGUGGACCCGUGUUCAUUUUCUUCUCUGUCAUUCUCAAGCUUGGACAGACUUUUACGGGUAUCUCAGGUUUAGUAAAUCACGAAAGGAUGUAGAAACAGUUAACAAGACGUUGUUUUAAAAUGGGGUGGAAAGCUUCUUCUCUGCUGGUGAUCCUGGCAGUUCUGGCAGCACUGGUCUCUACGAAUGGUGAUGCAUUGAACAAGUCCUGUGCAGAUGGCAGUGGUAUUAUAAUCCCUCAUGGGCAAACUUUCAUGCCCAAUGUCAAUGACCCCUGUCACAUAUGUAAGUGUGACAACAGUUUCCCCAUUUUAUGCCACACUGCAGUCUGCUCACCACCCCCAGGUUGUGUGCGCAUCGAACAGAUUCCAAAAGAGUGUUGCCAGUACCAUUGCUAUGAUGCUGAUGGCAAUAACUUAAAGCAGCCUGACAAGAAUGUCAGUGCCACAGAUGAUGGCUCAUCCGCAGGAGGUGAGGAUAGCAUCACCAAUCUUUCACUGCGACUGGUGGCCAGCACUGUUACAUCUUUCCUUGUUCUUGCUUUGCUUCUUUUCAUGGUCCACCGACUUCGUCAGCGUCGACUCAUGUUAGCAAUGCGCCGCUUUGAGGCUCAUGCCAGGCAGCAUCAUGGGAAUGAUGAUGUUGAUCCUUACAUCCCCGCUGCCUUCCUGCAGAUUGAGUGCCCCCCAUAUGAGGACCCACCACCACCAUACUCUCCUCCUAAACCACCUCAUAUUCUUGCAGAGGAUGCACCACCCCCAUACCAGGAGAUUGAACCAGAUAGUGGUUCUACUGAUCAACUACCACUUGAUUCCAAUGCCAAUAUAUUUAACAACAAUAAUAAUAAUGAUCAGUCGUGUAGCAACCACGGUGCUGGUGGGAGCACUACUCCUAUGAUAGAUUCUCAGGAUGCCUGCCACGGUGAUCUGGUGUGGACAAACCGUAUGGAAGAAGGUAGAUCAGAAGCAGUGAAUAGUGCUCAGGGACCCAGCUCUACCUGUGCACAGAAUGUUACUUCCCCGGCAGAUUUCCCCUUCUUUGGCAUGGGAGCAGCAGUAGAAAACAGUGCAGGAAACUCCAACCCAACCAGACUGUCCUUGCUUGACAUAAAACACCCAACUGGGACUAACUUUGACCAGCCAUAUGCCAUGUUGCAAGAAUUCACUGAUGUAGACCCAGUUAGUGUUGGACAGCCACGGCCCUGCAGUGCAGUGGAUGUUGGGAGUGUAGUGAGAAAUGGCGGGCGCCAGCCAGGGCGUAGCUGCAGCUUUUCUUAUGCACUUUCUCCUGAGCAAGACUGGCCUGUUGUGGCCCCUGUGAACCCUAUGUCCCGCAGUUAUCACACUUCCAUGAUGGACAGUGGGGUACAGACACAUGGCAGUUACAUGGCCUCCUUGUCACGCCGUCGAUCUAAGCCUAACAGCAAGGAUUCAUCAUCCUGCAGACAGGCCUCUUGCGAGGAUGCUAAACUGGCUGGGACCCAGCGAAUGAUCACACGACCCAGCUUGGGAGGUGAUAGCGCCAUGCAACAGAGUCACCGGCUGCUGCAGGAGGAACUGAGACAGAGUCUUCCUCCACUGCAGGCUGGAGCUGGGGACGAGGCUUCCUGUGCUGCACCUGCCAUUCACAAAAGUUUAACCACUCGUGAUCAGGAUCAGAGUGCUCCUCCAGGGAACAUGUUUAUGCCUCGGUCCCAGUCCUUGAAUUCAAACUUUUCUGUGUGCUCCGAGACGGGGGAAAAACGUGUGCCCCCUUGUUUAGAAGAAGGGGGAGCAUCUGUUCUUCAGAGUGAUUCCAAAUAUCCUGAGCACUCCACACCCAGACAUCACUUGGCUAACAUCAGCUUGGUGGAUCUGGAUAGACUCAACAAUGCGUGUGGCAGAAGUUUUCAGAGUGACUUCCCUUACCGGAACUUUAAUCAUCAAAAUGACACUGCAACCUCUGUGGAUAGCUGUGCUGCAACAAAAGCAGACUCUUCUUAUAGUGUAAGAAACAAACUGCCAGCGGUAUGCAGACAGACCUCGCGUAAACCAGUCAGUCAUCCUCCAAGCCAAGAGCUGCGACCUAGCCACUUUGGCAGCCGGACUCUUCCCUCCAAAAUCAAGCACAAAAAGAUAAGUCUUGUGCCUUUAGAGAAAUCACGGUUGUCCAAAUCAAAGAAAGAUAAGAACAAGAGCAGGAAAAAGGGAUCCUCAGAGCCACAGUGUCAUGAACACAAAGAGAAACCACUGCAAAGUGUUGCUUCAGGUAACCCCGAAGACGCUGAGACACCUGAAGGGUGGAUGCUUCAAGGGAGAGUAACUGAUGCUCCCAAAGGUCGUCACCCACCUUCGCUAUCCCCUCCUGUGAUCAAGCAGUAUGGGUUCCUAGAGAACCUACCCCAUGCUGCCCCAGCUCAGGUUGUGGAGGACAAUUUUGCCGAGCCAAGCCGAUACACUGAAUAUGGGAGUGACUUGUGGCAUGGUGCAAAUGUCUUAGUACACCCAUAUCACACCCUGCCAUCCCAGACAAGGCUUCCCAAUGCUUCAGCUGCUGGACUUCGCCACCUACCAUUGGUAGAAGAGAAUGGCGUGCACCAUGGUGCCAACACCCAACAUCUGAAGGUCAGAAUUCGGCCCCAGUCUGCAGGUCCUACAGUAGAAGCAGCCUUUGAGCCCAUCGCAGGUUUGUCACAGAACUGUGUGCCAAGGCGUAAAGUGAAAAGCAUUCGCUCCAAAAGAAGUCGGCAGUCCUACCCAGCUGUGGAAGGGGAUCCUAGUGCAGACAGGAGGAUGGUAGCAUGUAUGGAUCUCAACUUUGUGGAACCUCAUCAGACAAGUGACCGGGCCCCAAUAGUAGAAACUGAUGCAGCAGGUCUUGGCUUGGUGCUGAAGAGACAAGCAGGAGACCGCGGUAUCGGCAGAGGGGCUCAUGACUAUUCCGAUACACUAGAGACUCAUAUAAGUAGCUAUGUCUAGUGACAAAUAUCAAAGUUAUUUCAAGCGUCUGUUUGAAUUGGUAGGACCUGCAAACAGUCUUAAUUUAGAUGUCUGUCUUGACAUGGCAGAGUUAUCAUUCUCAACCAAAGAAGACUAUAACAAGUCACCUGCUAAGCCCAAAAGUGUUGUUACAUCCCAUCAUUGCUUCUCUGAUCAGUAAUGUCACUGUGCGCUGAUGCUGUGUUGUUACAGUUCUGUGUUCUUCACAAGUUUCUAAAGGUUUUCUCCAACUCCAUUAUUUUUGCACUGGAUUUAAGUUUCAACAUUCUUUUAGCAUUUGUACUCUUUAGGCUUGUGCCUAAACAUUUAAUAAUUCAACUGCUUUAAGAGAAAUGUGCUCAACACUACAAACUGCUUGUGACAGAUUUUGAGUAAUCUUUUAAACAAGCAAAAAAAAAAACAACAACAACAACAGGAGUCCUGCGCCUGUUCAUUAGAAGAUGGAGAACCUCCAAGAGAGACAUAAUAUGCAUAAUUUCUGUCAUUGUUUGUACAGAUCCUGCUCUUUCUGUACAGUGUGUUGAAAGUUUACAUAAUCUCAGGCCUGUUUUCUGUGAGCACAAUUCAGCUGUAUGCACAUUGUGAGGUGCAUGAUGUUUUACAAAGAUUUGCAUCUUGCAGUUGCUCUCAACAGAAUUUAUUUAUGGAAGCACAAAUUAGGACUGUUUUAAGCUGCUGUGUUCAGUGCCUGGGUUUUAAUGGUUUUUGAGGUUUAAAGCAUGUAAUGGCAGAAUUGAUGAUUGUGAUUCAUGAACAAGACUGUCGCAUGGAACCAGCAUUAUGCAUGCAGUGAGUCUUAUUUUUUUAUGUUAUUCAUCAUUUGCUUAAUUUAUUUUCUGAACUCUACAAAUGUGUUUUGCAUGCACAAAUAUUUACAUAUUUGUGAAAAAGCCAGUUAAACAUGUGACAUAUGAUGCUUUCUGCAUUGUCUACCAGUGUCUCACAGUUGUGACCAUGAAUAUAAGUAGAGAAAGUGAUUGAAGAGAAUGUUAGUUCUCACAUCAAGUCUUCCUUACAGCCAGUGCUAGCAUGAGAUUUCUGUAUGGAUUUGUGUGGCUGAAUUAAGGUGUGUCUCACUUAACAUCUAUACUAGCAUCUACAGCACCCUACUUCACAUCUUACUGCAGUAUAUGAUGAAAGAAUGUGAAUGUGGCAAGAAAAUGUAAGUAAAAGUAUAGCAUUACAAUGAGUAGACUGUUUAACUUGAUAGGAACUAUCACUAUCAUAGUUAUUUGUGCAAACCGAAAGAUUUACUGUUGUGUGCUCUGUAUCCAUGCAGUUUCUUUUUAGUGGCAGCUUUCUUCCCUUCUGUGUGACCUUUUGUUUUUUCCAUUGAUAAUUCGUACUUUAAGAGUGCUUUUCUGUGUACUUUGUAGUGCCUCAUCUUAAAGAGCACAAGUCUGUAAGGUUACCAUUUUGCCAAAAUUAUUAAUUUUCAAGUUAAUGAAAAUUGUUAUGAUAUUUAACACCUUAAGAAUAUUUUUAAGUGGUAAUAUUCCUAGUUUUGCAAUGAACAAUGUGUGAUGUUUACAUUUUAUUAUUUAUAUAUUUUUUUUUUAGUUUUGUUUAGUCCUUGUUACUCUUCGAGGAGCAUAAGGCUCCACACUUCGCCAGUAGCCCCCUUAAGUUGGGCCCUUGUGGUUCCAGCGUCCUUUUCCUCGCUUUCUACUGUACAUUUUAUUAUGCCUACAUUAUAGCUGUUUCAAGAGUCACGAAAAAGUGCAUUCACAAUAGUAAGAAUAUAGUUACUACUUUUUUUGGGGGGGAAAAAAAUUGGACUGAAAAUGUGCUUUUAAAAGUACUUCUUUAAAAUCAGUUGGGUUGGGUUCCAUCCUAAUUACCAGUGGCUUUGCGUUUAGAAAAUAAUUCUUUGUAUUUUUAUAUUAUUUAUUUACAUUUUGUGCAGUGAUGAGCAGGUAUUGAUGCUUCAAUGGUUUCUUCAGCCUAUAACACUCAUGAUCAGUGACUAUUUUUGCUGAUCUUAUUUUUUAAAUAUGAUCACACACAUGACGGCCUGAGAUAUAUAUCUCAGGAUUAUUAUUCUUCUCUUUCCACCCCAAAACUAUUACUAAUGCUGGUACUAUUACUACUAAUUAAAAAAAUCCUUGGUAGCUCCCAAAGAUUGAGUGCUUCCAAGACUUUUUAAUCUCUCCUUUUAAUCCCAUUUUCCUGUUUGCUUCUGUCUCCUCUGGCCACCACCAUGUCCUUUUCAGUAAACUGUUCAUUUAAGGGUAAACUAAGUCUGUGAAAAGACUUUUGUAGGCACUUGAUAAUCAGCAAUGUACAGUGCAAACCCCUACCAUGCCUUUUUUACCCUGCUUUUAUUGUGUUUUGGUCUGAAAGAUGUUUAAAUUAUAUAAGAUAUAUAUAAAUGUAAUUUAAGAUUUUUGAAUGCAUGAGCUCCAGUGAGUGUCAAAAUUAUAAUUAGUACUUAACCAAAGCCUGCAUGUCCAGUGUGUGCAUUGCAAGCAACUGUCGCUUAAUCAUAAUUUAUUUAAAGAUCACAUUAUUGUGCUCAGUCAUGUAUUUCAGAAUUCUGUGAUGAGAUUAGUGGGUUCAUUUUCAUUGCCCUUUUUGCCUUUUGACAGGUCAAUCACAGUUGUUGUGAAAAUUUGAAGGUUGUGCUAGUCUUGUGCAACUACUUUUGCCCAUGUUCAAACACUUGGCAUAUUUCUUGAAACAUCAUUUUUUAAAAGAAAAAUCAACGUCAUCAAAUAACAAGUGCUAUGAUCCCCUUGCCAUUCCUAAAAAUGCACAAGAUUCUUGUAUUUUUGAAAGAAAGAAUCCAUGUUUGGUAUUGUAUUUUCAUUAAGUUCUACAAGUUUAAUGCUGAUCUCAGCAGUUAUGGACUUUGUCUCGUACUGUGUUUUCAAUGCAAUGCAUUUUUGAACAAAAAGUUCACCAAAUGAAAAUGGCAUCUGUGGAAAAUGUGGCUGUUUAAUAUUUUGGGCACCACUACAACAAUGUAUGCAGACAGCCAAGUACACGAUUUGAAUGUCUUGUCAUCUCCAUGUAGUAAGAGCGCCAUCUAACUUUUGUAGAAUCCCUUGCUUGCUAUAUCCCCCUUCCUUGAUGUAAGAAUCUUUUGUUACGAGGUCUUGUAAAUCUUGUGAAUUUGGAUAUCAUGGACUUGCCCUUCAGAUGUCUUUAAAAUAAUUUUGAGACCAAAAGUAAAAAAAAAAA